CAUAAGAAAAGGGCAAUAGCUGAGUUAACACACUACUCAAAUGCGAUCUAAUCUUUAUGGGAGCAAGCUUCGUGAGAAUCCUCAUGAUACCGAUACUCGUGGCAGUACCAAGCUGCACAUGGAGGAGCAGAUGCAUCGUGAAAAUGAGGCCAUGCUAGACGCCCUCAGCCACAGUGUCCGGCAUAUGAACUCCAUGGCAGGCACCCUCAACACGGAGGUGCAGGAGCAAAAUCGCCUGCUAAGCAGCCUCAGUGGGACCUUCGUAACGGCCCGAGCGGGAGUGGGGACCUCCAUUACGAACCUACGGGGGGUUAUGGGCCGCUAUGGGUACCGCCACAUCAUGUAUGUCAUAAUAGGUGUUUUUCUUGUAUUGUAUGCCUUGUAUGCGCUGCUUUUUUAG